UUUUUUGUCGCUUGAGUUUUGAGUAACACAAAAUUGGAGAGACCAAUGAAGGAUGUUGGCAUUGGAUUGGGACCAGCUUCUCUCGAUUCCUCGCGUCAUUUAUCUUUUCGCUCGUUAACUGAUCAUUUUGUAUAUAAAAUAAAUUCAGCAGUAAGAAAUAAAACAUAUGUAGAAAAAAAAACAUAUGUAGAAGAUAUAUUAAGUAUUGUACACGCAAGGGAAAAAAUACAGCUAGCUAAUGAAAGCUUUUUUUGACCAAUAGCUAAUGAAAUUUGAAACCAUUAAUUUGGGGAUAGAAGAAAAAGAUAAGAACAUUUAUUUUUGUUUAAAAUUUUUGAUAGGUGACUUUCCCAACUUCUGAUCAUCUAUUAGCAAAAUAGCACUCAUGUGUUGCUUUGGUCAACCCAUACAAUUCAAGUUAAAAAAAAAAAAAACUAGUCAUUUUUAACCAUGGUUUUUUUUAGUGAAAGAAAGAAGAACUAUCUAUUGGUAUUCUUAAUUAUAAUUUUUCAUAAAAAGCUGUACAAUUCUAGACUAAAAACUGAAACUAUUUCUAUACUAAAAUAAAUACAUUUGAGAAAAUAAAAAUACAUCAACUGCCAGUCGCAGAGGGUGGUAAUUCUGUAGUUAAAGAGACCCUUAAUGUCAUUUACUUAAGCAUUUCUCUAUAUAAAGUCUCCAAACUACACUCUCCGCAACACACAUCAGAACAAAGCUCUCCACACUCAAAACACUAACGAAGAAGAUAAAAAAGACACUAACUUAGCUCAGCAACAUUCACCAUGGCAUUGAAGACAGCGUCGAUGAACGGUAUGUGGAUGACGGAGGAGUGCAAGAGAUCGUUCAUGGAGAUGAAAUGGAAGAAAGUGCACAGAUACAUCGUUUUCAAGAUCGAGGAGAAAUCCAAGAAAGUCACCAUUGACAAGGUUGGUGCUGCCGGCGAGACCUAUCAUGAUCUCGUCGCUUCCUUGCCGGAGGAUGACUGUCGCUACGCCGUGUUUGAUUUCGAUUACGUGACCGUUGAUAACUGCCGCAUGAGCAAGCUCUUCUUCAUCACCUGGUCCCCGGAGGCGUCGAGAAUAAGAGAGAAGAUGAUGUAUGCAACGUCGAAGAGUGGGCUGAGAAGAGUGUUGGAAGGCAUUCACUAUGAGCUUCAAGCCACCGACCCAACCGAGAUGGGAUUUGACAAAAUCCAGGACCGGACCAAAUAAGUCUACAUUCCAUUUAACCGGAGUUACAUGCUUCAAUGAUCAGUAGCUGUUAUUAACAACAGUCGCAAUUAAUUAUCUGUUAAUGUUAGUUAUUGAUGUUUAGUGCUUAACUUCGUAUUUGCUUUUAGUUGUCAAACAAAAGAAUAGCACUCCUUUUGUUGACAAGAGUUGUAUUAACUAUUGUUGUUUCUGGUUCCUGUUUGUUAGUCUUAAUGUUAAAUGUUAUGUAUGCCUCUGUUGCCGCUAAUGCUGCUAAUAAAAAGCCUAAGUUUAUCUGAAUUGUAUUGGAACUAAUGUCAUUCAAGCAAAGCAUGAUAGUGCUUAACUUGAACGUCAUGUGUAAAGUGUGAUCAAUUUUACUGGAAGUACAAUUUAAAUAGUCUUAUAAUUAUGAAAAAGAGUGAGACUAAUUUUCUUUAGAGAGGGUGCUUAGAAAAAGAGAUUUAGUUAAAAACAUGAACUAUGACUGCCGAGCAUGGUGAUAGAAUUUGUAUUCAUAUCUGCUUGGAGUAUUACGUUUACAAACUUUUCCGGAUUGGGUUAGACCCAAUUACGAAUUCACUUGUGGAUCUUAAACAAACUGAAUAGUUUAUUGGUAAACCCCACCUCACAAUCUCACAUGAUCCAAAUCUUCCAAUUGAUCUUUAAAUAUUUGUGAGGAAGGGAUAAUGAAUAUAGGAUAGCUGGUAAAACAAAUCUUCUAAUGGAUCUUUCUUGGUCCUCGGCCCAAGAAAAAUUAAUAUUGAAUUAAUAUAUAAGUUACCCGAUAUUCGAUAAGCAAAAUGCUCUCGUAGCUCAGUUGGUUAGAGCACCCGUUUAGUAAGCGGGAGGUCUUGAGUUCAACUCUCAACGAAAGCAUUUGUCGUUUUAUUACUUUACCUUUUUGACCAGACAAAAAUAUCUAGAAAGGUAUAGGCAUAUUUGCUGGGACCGACUUUCACCUCGAAAACCGAAAUGAUGAAAUCUUCGUUGUUGAUUGCGGAGAGACUUUUAACUCUUCCAAGUCUUCAAUCCCAAUUCACCGUUUCACGCGCUCCAUCAUGUUAGAAUUUUUUUUGUUUCCUUAGUAUAUAAGUAGUCAACAUACAAACACCCUUUAAUGAUUUCAAACUUAGGUAGCUUUUCUUAUUCAGUUGAGACACAACAUUAUAAUUAGAUAUUUAUACCAAGAAAAGUGUUAGUAUAUAUAGUAUUAGUUAUCAAUUUUACUUUAGCUUUAUAGUAGGUUUUAGCUUGAUAAACAAACCAUAUGAUAUGAAAUGUCCCCUUCUUUUAAAAAGCUUACAACUUUUACAGUUGAAAAAGUUAUGUUUUUAUAUAUGGGGGUAUAUAUGUGAUUAUGUGAAUAAUAAUUUUGUUGAUGAUACCCACUGUCACAAUGGACCAUGUGAUUAACUUUCAAGUUUUCAUCUCACAAAGAAGUGAUUUUCAAGUUUUCAUCUCACAAAGAAGUGAUUUUCAAUCAUGUGAUCACCAUCAGCAUGCCAUUAGUUUAGAAGAUAGAUAGAUGUGUUUUACAAUGGCUCGGCCAUGUCUAUAGACGUAUAUUUUUAAUUCAAACACAAAUGAAUGGGCUAGACCACUUUUUAUAAUGUAAUUUGUUUGUAUGACCAGAAAUAUGAAAUGGUUAGUUGGAUGUUGAUAUAGUCAUGGGAAACUUAUUGAAACAUUGUUUCCAUUUAUUGACGACAAAAUUAGGUCCAUCCUGGAAUGUGUGUAUUUGCAGUCCCUCUUACAUCUCUUUGAUUGCUCAUGCGAGGUAGAUGAAUUUGUUUAAACAGUUCACGAGUUAUUACAAUUUCUAACACCAACUUUCACACCAUCGUUGUAGAGGGUAGAUAGCAUACUGUACUACAAACAUUGAGCUCACCAACUUCAUUUUCACAAUAAGAAUGUGUUCAGUCCAUUCGCUAACUACUCAUAUUACCGUUAACUAAUUAGUUGUGUACUGUUCUAACUUUUCAUUCAGUUGUUUGAUUGGCAAAGGCAACUAUACUUCAUAGUCAAUCUCAUAAACUUGUAAGUAAAGAUAUACUUUACAUUUGUGAUUAGUCCACUACAUAAUAUAUAAAAUCUAGUGAGUAGUACCAGUGACUAUUGUGUGUGUAGUAGAUAUGCAAAGCCUAUGGAGCUUUAGAUCCUGUAGAAUCUACAGUCGAAUAAACCCAAUCAAAGAAGUGGGGCUUCACUACCCAUUUCUUUUAUUUUUAUUUAAUUUUAAGUGGGAACUCAGAUAAACGUCAAAGCGUACACAUACGUGUACCUCCACAGUUAUGCCACUUUGCACAAAUCAAUCAUCUUUGUCUUUCCCAUGUCUUAAUCAAUCAUCUUUUAUCAUAAUGUCUGCAUAUUUAUAGAUCUGUGGUCUUUAAUCGUUGUAGUACAAUGAUAACGAUGAGUUUUGGACAUCAUUGAUAUUUCUAUGUGUGUUAACAAAAAAAAGAUAAGAUAAAAGUCUCAUUCAGGAAAAAAAGAAACACAAAACAUUAAAAUAAAAUAAAGCCCACUAACUUAUAAUAGUUCUGCAGUUAUUGCUACACCUCAUAUGGGUACACGAUCAUGACCGCAUGAUCAUCCAAAAACCCGACCCGGAUUUUUUUUACAACACGUCUAAUUGGGUCACCACAACGGGGCUCCGAACCACGUGUU